GCGAAGCAGCCGGCCGCGAAGGGCGCCGCAAAAAAGCCGGCCGAUACAAAAAAGGCAGAUGGUAAGCAGAGCGACUCUGACAAGAACAAAUCGGGGAGCGAGCCAGUGAAGCGAGAGUACACCGAUGAAGAACGUGAGUUCGCCGCUGCGAAAGUCUUUGUCUGGUGGACUAAGAUCCAAACCUAUCUCCUCUACAAACGAGUCCGAAAGCUGUGCGAUCACCUGUUUCGCGAUCACGUACACGAAAGGGGCAAGCGAGCCUUUAGAGAUGGGGAAGAAGCAUACGACGUGCUCUCGGUACUCUAGAUUGUUCAUGAAUCUUGCUUGAGAAGUUGUGAUGUUAAGGAGCACGUGAGUCUAGGCUUCUGCUAAGUAGAUAGAUUUUGAUUUUAGUUUUCUCGAUACAUGAUUGAAUGAUCUAGGGAGGAUCUAAUGCGCAACGCAGGCGCAUGCGCGCAGUAACUUCAUUUUAAUCAACAGGUCAAUAAAAAAUGUGGUAAAAAGUCUAAAUCGCAAUUCAUAUUCAUCCUAGAUCGCUCGGGAAGCGAAAUUGAAAGAGUACGGUUUGCAGUGUGUCUACGAUCUUUGGGGCAUUGAAGAGGUGACGCCGCAGCUGAUGCGAGCAUUGUAUAGAAAGUGGAUGACUCGGAACAUUGAGACCGCGCGCCGCGAGGGCCAGUUCGCAGAGAAUGUAAAAUUUUUGCUCUAUCGAAUACCGGCAAAGGACCAAAAUCACCUAUACGAGCCGUCAGACAGCGAAGGAGAUAGUGAGUCGGAGUACGAGCAAGUGGGUGAAAUACAGGUGAAGGUUCGAAGCCGUAAGACAAAGGAACAGAGGAAAGAAGCACGGCACGCUAUCGAUGGAGCGGAGGGCUUGCUAGACUACGUGCAAAGGAAAAAGGCAUGGAAGAAAGGUACCAACUACUGUCCCAGGACAGACCUCCAGUUUUAUCGAUCUAGUACUUAGUAGAAACAUAAAUAUUGAACUCGUCAUUCAUGAUUAGGGUCCCCCGGCUAGUAAUCGCAAGAAAGAAAAUACAUCCCUAGUAGCUCUUCAUCUUCGAAAUCGUGCCCAGGUUGUAGGCCAGACCCUCCAUGGACUAGCAGCCGAAUUCAUUAUGGCCUCUAUGAGGCGGCCAAGAAGUCUUGGGAGAAGGACCGCGCAGCGCAUCAUGGGAUAACCGCGCAGUACCAGGCUCAAGAAGAACCGCCGCCUGUGCGGCAUUCUCUACAGAUGCGACUUAGCAAAGAGAACUAUAGCAUGUGCAACGAAAUGGACUUUCUCAAACUGAUGAAGGAACGAGACCAUCAUGACAAACGGGACUUGAGAGAUCUAGAAGCAGAUGAUCCGCCGAAUCUGAUAAAUGCAGGAAAGCAGUUGAAAGAGCGAGGCUGGCAACCAGUACUGCCUACUGAUUUUUCAACAUCAUUUGGCGUUUUUCGUGAGAGGUAGAGGAACGAAGUUGUAGAGCUGUUCGUUCUGGCUAGAGACCCUUGAUCUGGUAUCUUCAUGUCUACCUGCUUUUUUCAUCGUGACUAAUUUCGUAUCACGAUCAGGACUACGUGUAUCACGUUGCGUGUUGCAGUGGCGAGCAGGCUGCCUGGGCACUCGAAGCGAAGAAAACGCUAGUAAUUGACGAGGACGUUGUCGAUAUGCGACACGACGCCACUUGCAGUUACAUUAAAGUUUUUAGGCUAUUGCGAACGCUACUUGAAGAUCUGGAUUUUCGUACCACGCCUGAAUUCGAUGAAGACUAUGGCCUACCGGAUGAGGAGCGACAGCGUCGUAGGAAGCUGCGAGAAAAACGGGCGCAAGAGGAGGAGCAGCUCAGCACUAUGGGCGUCGGAGAUGGGGGAAAUGCAGCUGCGGCGAAAGCGAAAAAAUUAUUGGACACUUAUGACCAUGACGCAAACUAAAACAUUGUGAAAGUGUUUCCGCCUAGCUAUCGUAUUAUCAGCCAAAUUUCUUGUCGCACCAUAUUGCAGCACUAAAUCUAGAUGUCAAGUAGAUGAAGUACUACCAACUACUCAGAAUGGGUACGAGUCAGUAGUUUAUCUCUCGCGUGCACUUGUAUUUGUAACUAACAAGAAACUAACAGCAAGUUUCAUGAAGAAAGAUGCUGAAGUUGAGCCUGUUCAUCUCUCUAAGGUAUCGAGGAGGACUUGGAGAAAGUGCCUUGUCGAACACUUGCGCUCGUGCUGCCCGACAAGUGGUGCGUCUAUCUCUCCACAUUGUUGACGAAGAAGAGCCGCGAGACGCCACAACUUUUUCCUGGCGACAUAGCGUGCUACACGGCAGCAAUCCCAUUAGUUGCUGUGAAUGAUGUUUCUGUUUGGAGUCAAAUUUUCCUGAAUAGUGCCUUUGAUGGGGAACAGAAAACAAAGAGCGAACUAGCCCGCGACACCGUUUUGCCCGAGCAGUACUUUACGGCGCGCAAAAAGAAGGUGAUCGAUUUUCGAGAUGUGUAUAGCACAACACCGCAUCAAGCAGGCGAGACCUACUGCGAGGACUACUUGUACCAUGCAACAAAACACCUGUGGUCGAAUAGUAUCGGUAAGCCUUUGUUCUGGAGCGAAGGCACGGGUCCGCUCAUGAACAACAUCUACGUUCAGGCAGAACGCAAAGCAGCGCAGCUCGACUUAUUGGAGUUCCCCCCAGACAGACAUUGGCGUUACUGGGUCAUUCGAAACAACGACUUCGAAAUGGCGAAAAAUAAUGCUGAACAGGGAUCUCAAUUCAUUGACAUGCGCGAAGAAUACAAUGAGCUCAAAAAAACCGAGCUGGCGAAUGCAAAGAAGUCAGGGAAGAAGGACAAAAAGAAGAACAAGGAUAAGGUAGCUGCAAGUGGGAGUAACUAUCUAGCUGGUAUGAAGGCUCCGACACCAGAGGACUAUCUGCCGUUUGUCUAAUACAGACUGAGAGGUAGGGUCUUCCCUGCGCGGCUUCCGUGGCUAGUUUUCACUGGUCUCCAAAUCCUUUUGAUUUUCAUAAAGGCAAGCAUGUUGCGCUUGUUAUCCCCAUACAGAAAUCGGUCCAUAUUUAUUAGUAUCUAUUCGUAUUAGUUUACUUUUGAUUACAGUUGCAUGGUCAUCGACAUCGUUGCGUCAUCGUCUUAUUUUUUGCACUGACUUGCAUAUCGAUGUUGAUCGAGUUUGAAAUUAAAGCAUCCGCCAUGGCUCGCAUGAAAAUAGGUCCUGAAAUUAACCAUGAUAUAUUGUCUUAGUCUUCCUUCUACGUACAUGUCAUUCAUCCUCAUUUAUGGCGAUAGCCAUGUAAAUGUUCCGAUAACUGCUUCUAAGCUCGCACUUUCAUUCAAUUCGUGCUUGUGCAAAAAAAGCGUGCAUGCACUUGCACUAGUUACAUAUUCACUAUGCUUUGUUUGUGUUUCGUUUGCUUACUCAUCAAUCUAUAUACUCAUUAAUUCUUAUUACACGCGAUCGCGAAACCAAAAC